CUGAAGUGCAAGCCGAAAAUAUCAAAAUAAAAAAUUGUUUUGCUUGUUUUCAAUGCCAUUGUCAGUUAUAUAACUAAACGGUUUCAAAAUGUUUUCUCUAGUGGCUGAUUAUGGGGACAGUGCGGAAGAAAGCACUAAAUCUGAAAGCAGUUCUACCGAGAAUUCAGAUUCCGAACAACAGAGCGAACCUUCGACGGCGGAGAAAAGGCAUGCACAACCUGUUCUCCCUAGCGCCAGUUUAAUGCUGGCUAACGACAAAAAAAUCAUUCCCGGAGGAGUUUUCAGCAAUCCGUUUCGAGAAGCUGAGGAUGCAAAGCUGGCCAGUUUGGAGAAACACGUUAAAAUGGUUGAUACAGAGCACGAAACCAGUGAACAAAAACGUAAAAUAUGCUGGAGCUAUCGCAAAGGCCGCUGCCGGUUUGGAAGCAAAUGCAAUUUUGCUCACGACUCCGACUUGAUACUGAAAAAGGAGUUGCACGGUAGCUCACAGUUGGCCCAGCCGACACCAGAAGAGGAGGCACAUUCCAGUCAGCCUGACGGUGUGCUCUCACCAUUGCAGAAACAGCAAGCAAACAAGAAAAAGCGACCGGGCUUAAGUCGAAAUUUGGUUCCACCGAAAAAGGUCUUGAAAAUGUACCAGCGAGACAAGUACAGCGGAAAGCCUUGAGUGGAGACUACAACUUCUUGGGAGUAUUUAAUGACAGGUAACUAGUAGUAUUAUCGUUUAACGGCAAAGAUCAGAGAAGGUAAAUUUAAAUAAUUUUUAUCUUGUAAGUAGUGAUAGUGGAAUAAGAUUUAUUUUUUA